GUUUGAUAUUUUUGACAGUUUGUUUUUGUUGCCCAAAAACUACUUUUUUUUUUAGAUUAGAACCCACAAAUCCGUUAUUUUGUGUUUUCUUAAAAUAGUAUUACCACCUCAAAGAUAUGACCCUAUAGGAGAACUUAAUUUCUUCAUUAAUUACCUUUAGCCGCACCACGUACUUACACAAAAUGAUCAAAAACCGGCCUCAUAGUCCAAAAGAGACAAGUACUCCAAAGUAUAGAUUAAAUGUUCAUUGCAGAAGGGGCAUCCGAGAUGAUGAACCAAGUCCUAUAUGCACAAACCAAUCAAAUUCCUAUAUAUCACAGUUUGAUAAUUCCUCUGAAAGGAUCCCUGAAAGUUGUCGGAUCGAUAAUAAUCAGAUCCCAUUAAACAACUCCUCUCCAAGGCCUCAAAAAAGUUAUGAAAGAUCUGAUACUGAAAUCGAUAGCUAUGAACUUAGCGAAUCUGAAGAAGUCCCACAGAAAAGCACCAAUAUCUCUAUUAAAGAAUCUCAAAUGCAUGUAUGGUUUAUAGGUAUUCUUGUUAUACUGUUUGCAGGAGUAGUGGCAGGUUACUGGCUGUCCGCUGGCGAUCAGCCGCUACUGGAUUACGAGCAAAAGCUCCAAACAAAAUUCGAGAAGUAUGAAAGUGAAAUGAAACAUCAAAAUGAAGAUUUCUGGCGCAGUAUCAAAGUCAGUAUUAGAGAAGUGCCUGUUUUAAAACAACCCAGGACCAUUCUCUUUCUCUAUGAAGACAAAUCGGAAAAAACCCUUAAUUUAAUACUGGAAAAAGUCGUAAAUGCCGCCCUAUGUUUUUUAACAGAAUGUGAUAAGAAACCAGUACAGAUCCAAGGGGCUUCUCUAAACAAUUCCCAAAUUAUUAGAGAUCACGGAGUGAUAAUCUCAAAAUAUGCCGACCAAUUAAAGAAAAGUGGUGUUAUGGUGGUGUAUAAUUUGGAACAAGUGCCGGGCAAAGCUGCUUUAGCUUUUCACAGUUUUUGCGACGAUUAUAACCCAAUAGCGGAGAAAUCGCUGAUUUUAUUCACACUAAAAAUGAAUAAAAUCCCUCAGGGAUAUCCCAUGAUGUUUUUGGAAAAAUUCCUGUUGAACUUGUGGAGUGAUAUCGGAAAGGGGGAUAAGUUUUAUCCACUUUUCACAAGGAUAUCGGGGAAUAUUUUAACUGUUCAGCCUGAAUGAGUCGGUUUGUUUAGUUGUAGUUUUUUUUUUUUAAUUAUUAUUAUACGGUUUUUUAAA